AUGUCAUCAGUGGAUUUCAAAACCUACGUGGAUCAGGCAUGCCGAGCCGCAGAGGAGUUUGUUGCUAUCUACUACACCGCCAUGGAUAAGCGGAGGCGUGCGCUGCCCCGCCCGUACGUGGGAACAGCCACCCUGGUGUGGAAUGGAAAUGCUGUUGCAGGACAAGAAUCCUUAAGUGAGUUUUUUGAAAUGUUGUCUUCCAGUGAGUUCCAAAUCAACGUGAUAGACCGUCACCCUGUUCACGAUGAAGCCACACCAAGCCAGACCACAGUCCUGGUUGUUAUCGGUGGGACAGUGAAGUUCGAAGGCAACAAACAACGGGACUUCAAUCAGAACUUCAUCCUGACAGCCCAGGCUUCCCCCAGCAACACUGUGUGGGAUUGCAAGUGA